CGAGAGACGCUUUUUCCAGUGCUCUACUUUGUUGUUUGUGUCUUUUGGUGGUCAUGUCUGUUUGUGCGAGGACGUGGUCCGUUCUACGUCCACGAUGGCGGAUACCGAUGAAUUGGAUUGCGCGCCGAGGAAUGAGCGUGAGUGCGGCGGAGCUCAGGUUUGGACAGCCGGUGCAUGAGACACAUCCGCAUUUGUUGAAGGCUGGUGAAAUAACACCCGGAAUUACCGCACAGGAAUACUACGACCGACGCGUCAGGCUCGCCAAAUCCCUCCCCGCAAACUCCAUCGCCGUGCUCGCUGCUUCCGACAUCAAGUUUCGCUCGGGAGCCGUCUUCUACAAGUUCCACCAGGACUCGGAUUUCUUAUAUCUGACUGGCUUCAACGAGCCCGACGCCGUCGCCAUAAUAGAGAAGCUCUCCGACUCGGGCGAACACAACUUCCACCUCUACUGCCGCCCCAAAGACCCCAAAGCCGAGCUCUGGGAAGGCGCGCGCUCCGGCCUCCAAGCCGCCGAAGACGUCUUCAACGCCGACACGACGGGCGACGUGAACUCGCUGCCCAAACUCCUGCCCUCCGUCAUCGCCCGCGCCAAAGAAAUCUACACCGAUCUCCCCAACAGCCUCAUCUCCAGAAACACACUGACGCGCUACCUCUCGGGCCAAGAACCCUCACGAACGGGGGGCAUCGCAACCAUCUUCCGCGACGCGCCUCAUAACCCUCCCAUCCGACCUCUCCGCCCUCUGCUAAACUCCCUCCGCGUCAUCAAGUCCGCCGCCGAGAUCAAAAACAUGCGUAAAGCGGGCCAGCACUCGGGCCGUGCCUUCACGGACGCCAUGCGCCACUCCUUCGCGCUGGAGAAGGACCUCCAGUCCUUCCUCGAGUACUGGUUCACGCAGGACGGGUGCGAGGGUCCCGCCUACGUGCCCGUCGUAGCCGGCGGCGCGAAUGCGAAUACGAUCCACUACGUCAGCAACGACAUGCCGCUGUCCUCCCAGGAGCUGGUGCUCGUGGACGCCGGCGCGCAGUAUGGAGGGUAUGUGGCGGAUAUAUCGCGCACGUGGCCCGUCGGAGGCAAAUUCGACGCCGCGCAGAGGGAUCUGUAUGCCAUGUUAUUGGCCGUGCAGAGGAAGUGCGUAGCGCUAUGCCAUGAGGGAUCCGGUCUCAGUCUGGAUGCAUUGCACAAAGUCGCGAGUCAGAGUCUCGAGGAAGGAUUAAAGGACCUGGGGUUUGACAUGUCUAGUCCCUCUGCUAUCGAGACGCUGUUCCCGCACCAUGUGGGUCAUUAUGUCGGGCUGGAUGUGCACGAUUGCCCUGGCUUGUCGAGGGCGAGGAAGUUCGAGCGGGGGAUGUGUGUGACGGUUGAGCCGGCCGUGUAUGUGCCUGACGAUGAGCGGUGGCCUACGUGGGCGAGGGGGAUGGGCAUGCGCGUCGAGGAUAGUGUGUGUGUGGAUGAGGCCGGGCCGUAUGUCUUGACGACCGAGGCGGUUAAGGAGAUUGUCGAUAUCGAAGCCCUAAAGAGCUAGGAAAGGCACUGAACCGUUCAAUCUUCACCUUGCUAUCUCGUCUCGCCCCGCCUCGUCUGGACCUUCUACACCAGAGGGAAUACCGUCAUGUCAUUCUCAAAUCGGUUUGUAUAUCUGUUGUACAACUAGUGUACUGUAUUGGACUGUACUACUGUACUAUAUUCCUAUUCUAAUAUAUAACAACACAAUGGCCAAGAUGGCCCAUUGGCCCAAACGGCGAGUUCAAGAGCAGCUCCUCCCUGUAUAUACAAUAUAUUCAUCAC